AAAUAUAAUUAAAUAUUGUUAAUAAGAAAUAUUUAUAUUAAUAACAUAUUUAAACAAGCAAGGUCCCGGAUAAUCCCUUGAGCUCUCAGUCAUGGUCUUCGACAUUCUUUCAGAUGUUUGGGAGAGCUUAACAGUCUUCAACGCAUUUAUCAGCCUCUUGUGCUUCUACUUUCUCAUUCGUCUGUUCUCAUCUCGAGGAAAAACACCGCAAGUGGCCACUCAACAGCAAGAAGAAGAAAAACCGAGAAUGCCGCCGCGCGAUUUCACUAACGAGGAGUUGUUAGAGUUCAAUGGUAGUGAUCCAGAGAAACCAAUAUGCUUGGCGGUCAGAGGAAAGGUAUUUGACGUCACAAGAGGGAAAGAUUUCUACGGACCCGGAGGAGUGUACGGCGUAUUCGCCGGUCACGAUGCAACACGAGGACUGGCCAACUGGUCCACGGACGAGUCCGAUAUUAAGGACACGUACGACAAUUGCUCAGACCUUACACCCGUGCAGUGGAUGGAAGUGAGAGACUGGGAGGGUCACUUCAUGUCCAAGUACGACUACGUUGGUAAACUACUCACACCAGAACAGGCCGCAGAACGAACGACCGACGAUGCAUCGUUGAAAGAACGAAAGGAGUUGUUUGAUAAGGUGCAGUCUCUUGUGAAACAAGCAGACGAAGAGGCAAUGAAACAGUUAGAAAACGAGACGAAACCAAAAGACAAAGAUACGUAGCAGUUACACUCGACGUAGUGACGAGUGUGUGUAUCCUAGUAGUGAAUGUACGUAGCGUGCACAUACACUGAGAGAUGUGCAGCAUACUGAUGCAGUGCUGUGUGCAAACGAUUGAAUUAAAAUUAGAGAGUCAAUAUAAUACAUUUGUCAAGUGAUUGAU